AUGGCUGAUGAAACCAAUAACUACAACACAACCAGCCAAGGGCCGAUAGUAGUUUACCGCUGCGAUAAUUGCCGUAAACUCUUCUCGUCAAGCCAGGCCUUAGCGGGACACCAACACCUCCAUAAGGUUCAAGGGACUUGGGUAAAAAGUCACCACCACAAGUUUCUCUUGCCACCUCAUUAUCUCCCCGACCUUAACCGUUUCAUUGCUCGUAACAACAAGUCUAUCACCGUACGCAACCGUGGUCGGGGCAAGCCGCGAACGUUCUUUGAACCGCAGCCGAUGGUGCAGGAGCCUCUUGCUGUUGCACCUGCACCUGCAGUCGCCACUCCUUUGCUUGCUCAGGCCCUCGUGCCGGCCCCGACCCCUGUCGUCCCCCAUCGUGGUAGGCCAGUUAUUCAACCGCAGCCGACGGUGCAGGUGCCUCUUGCUGCACCUGUACCUGCGCCUGCCACUUCUUUGCUUGAUCAGGCCCCAGCUCUACCUCUUGCUGCUGCGCCUGCACCUGCCACUCCAUUGCUUGCUCAGGUCCCGGCCCCGGCCUUGCAGCUUGCUGUUGCACCUGCACCCGCCACUCCUUUGCUUGCUCAGGCCCCUGUCGCCCGUUGUCGUGGCAGGCCACGGUCAAUUAUUCGACCGCAGCCAAUGGCGGAGGCACCUCUUGCUGCUGCACCUACACCCGCCACUCCUUUGCUCGUUCAGGCCCCAGCCCCGGCCCCUGUCGCCCGCCCUCGUGGCAGGCCACGGUCAAUUAUUCGAUCACAGCCGAUGGUGCAAGUGCCUCUUGCUGCUGCACCUGCACCUGCGACUCCUUUGCUUGUUCAGGGCCCGGACCCUAUUGCCCGCCUUGAAAAUCAACUGGCUUUAUUUCAGAAUCGUUUGAAUUAUUUUAAAGGUGUGGCUGCUAGGCGUGAAGAAUCAACACAUUCAUCCACUGGGAGUACCAAUACUAUUACUGUUGAUAAGACUAAUGGGAAGAAGAAGGUUGAAGAGAAGGUUGAGGAGCUUGACUUAGAGCUUAGGCUUUAG